CCGUGUUCAGUACCAGGUUUGGGGUUCAAGGCGGGUCUGAAAUCCCAGUUGGCACCUUGGGCGCUCUGACUUUUCCCAGAAGAGCUUGGGGGAAUGAAGCACAAAACAAUAGCCAUUUAUUAUUCUUUGCUUCAGAGUCCCUCUCACAUUUGCGUCCUGCACAACUGGGACAGCCAGGCUUCUCCACUAGUUAAGUUCUUGUCUGAGGUUUGUUUCCUUUUGGCUUCUUCGCCCCUACCUUGUUUUUAUUUAAAAUAAAAACCCGGAGGCUGGAGAGGGGCUAGAGGCUUUCUCCCAGAGCAGAGGGGCCGUGGCCCCAGUGGGUCCCACCACUGCCAGGCUGCCUGCAGGACUUGCUCUUGGGAGGGGUCGGAGGAGUUGAUCUCUCAACCUCCAGGUCUUAGUAUCAAACUCCAGACAUGAUUUCUGGACAGCUGCUUCCCCGCAGGGGUGUCCAGCCAGCGGCCAAGAUGUCCUCAGUGGGGAACGUGACCAAGGUUCGCAGCGGGAAAGUCUACCAGCAGAUCUUUGAGGCUGAGGUGCAGCUGGUCCACUCCUUGGGGGCCUCCAGGAAGUCCGCCGCAGAGCGUUCCAUGACCCUGAAGAAUGGCAGCAAGCCCUUAAUGAAGAAGGUGGAUAUUCCUGAGGGGGAGAUGAUGACUUCUCGGCAGCGGAAGUGGGUGCACAGCCUACCCAAUGACUGGAGCACAGAAAACCCUGUUCUCCACAGGGAAAAGGAAACAACUAAGAAGGAAAAAGCUCAAGAGAGUGAAAGCACCAUUGCUGCCCGAGAAGUACGGGGCCUGAUGGACACAAUCGUUCCUGAGAAGAUCAGCACCUGCACCCUUCAAGGAGACUACAAGAGGAAGGCCUAUGAGAAUACCCUGAGGAGCUUCAAGGAGGAGAUCGCCCAGAUUGGGAGGGGGAUGGAACCUCUCAUCUUGGAGACAGGAGCACUUCUUUUGAAAAAGCUGGCUGAGUUUGAGGAAAACAUCAACCAUCUCUUCAAAAAGGUGGAAAACGACCACAACCUUGAAGACUACACCAUCCAAACCCUGUUGGAGCUAUGGGAUCAGGUGGCUGAGCAGUUCCUGCUCCAGAAGCAGAGGAUUAAGGAGUUGGAUGACACACUGUACUCACUGGAGUUCUCCCGGACAGAUAAACUAAAAAGCGUAAUGAAGAAAUAUAUGGAAAUCAUAGAGAAAACUUCCUACCUCAUGCGGACCGAUGUGUACAGUCUGAUGAGUGAAGAAGCCAUGGUCAUAAACCAUGCUCUCCUGGGCAACCGGAGGGCCAUCACGCAGCUGUUUGUCAACCUGAUGGAGGCCACGCUGAAACAGGAGCUUGAGAGCCACCACCGCUGGCAGGACCUGGUCGAUGCUUGGAAGACGCUCAAGAAGGAGGCCCUGGUGCGCAGUUUCAGUGAGUUCAUGGCCACUGAGAGGAUCCAGGCUCCUCCAGCCGUGAAGGAGAAGCUGGAGAGCAUGCUGAAGAACCAGAAGGCCCUGCAGCAGAAGCGGCUGCAGCAUCUUCGCAGCAUCUGUGACUUUCUGCCCCCCAUUUACAGCAAAACUCAGCUGGCUGAAUGGUAUUCUUCUCUCAAUUCCCUGAAUACGGAUGUUGACGCCUACCACAUGGACUGCCUGAUGCAGAUUCGCCUGCAGUACGAGACGACCUGGCAGGAGUGCCUGGCCCACGUGCAGAAGUGCAAGAAGCAGCUGCUGGACUGGAAAGCCUUCACCGAGGAGGAGGCAGAGAGCCUGGUGAGCCCGUCCUUCUUCCAGAUGGUGGGAGAGCUCCAGAGCAAGAUGGAGGAGGAGCUAGAGUUCUUGGAUAAAUCUUUCGAGGCUCUGGCGAAGCAGUCAAAAUGGCAGAGCCUGGACCUCUUCAACUACUUCCAGGAGGCCGUGAGGCUGUGGGAAGCACAUCAGAGCACGCUGUCUGUGCAGGAGCCGGAGCUUGAGACGCGGAUAGAGCAGCAGCGCCAGAAGCACAGCCUGGAGAACCAGGCCCAAGAGGCCCAUCUCGAUGAACUCUUGGACCAACUGAGGCAGCAAAGCAGUGAGAGAACACUGACAUCUCACCUGGAAAAGGCCAAAGAUUUUCUGAAGAAUAUGAAACACAGGUAUGAAUGUUUUCAUGUCCUCCUGACAAAAGAAGUGAUGGAGUACCCAGUGAUCAUACUGAAAGAACUCAACUCCUACAGCCUCAAUCUCAGCCGGCACUUCUAUGUUCGUGAAAUCUUUGAACAGAGCUUGGAUGGGGAAGUCAUUUUCAAGCUCAGGAAACCAGAAGCACACGAAAAGGAGAGAAUGAGAAAACUGAGGAGAAAGCAAAGGGAUGGAGUGGAAAAGAGCAAAAGUGAGGAAAGCAUAAGUAGAGAGACAAGUUCCCUGAGGUCAGCAGAAGAGAUGGAAGAAGAAAAAUAUGAAGGCAAUGCGUUCUCCAUAACUGAAGAUGUGGGAGUGAGCCAGCAGGAAAAAUCUGUGCUGAGUGACGAGAUAGAUGAGUUGAAAGAGGAUUCCAUUCAGGGAUUAGAAGAAAUGCAAGUUGAAGGAGACAGCUCCUUAAAGCCAUCUCAGAACCAGGCAGAUGUGAUGGUUCAGGAAGAGCAGGAAGAGGAGACAGAGGAGGAAGAAGAGGAGGAAGAGAAUACAGAGGAGGAGGAGAAGGAAGAACACGAGAGUUUAUCUAUGGUUGAGUCCGAAGCCCAGGAAGAGAGUCUGGGGCCUGUCUCCCAUGAGGACAUGGAGUCCUUCACAACCGCCAGUGGGAACACUUAUUUUGUCUUCCUACCCCUGGAACAAGAAGAGGAAGAGUGCAAGAGGUCCCAUUCCAACCUUUCUACCCUUCUCACUGAUGAUGCUUCCAGUGCCAAGUUUCUAGAACAAGUGAUAAUUCCCUCCACACUAGUUUUAGAAAUUAAGAAACAACUUCGAUCUGGCUUUUUUGAGCACUUAGAGAAGUGGUUUGACCAGUGUGCCCUCAAUGCCCGGGUCACUUUGGCCACUAAGAUUGAUGAGCUGGAUUCAGAACUGGAGCUGCGUCUGCACCUGCACCAGCCAAGAGCCCAGCGCAUUGAAAAGGACAUCCACAACUUCAGGGCAGCUGAGCUCUUGCUUCAUCAAGAGCGGCUGGACAGCCAUUGUGCCGGGGUGACAGAGGCUCUGAAGAAGGAGAGGCUGCUGUUCUAUCAGUUCCAAGAGGAGCAAAACACCAGGAGUAAAAACUUCCGCCGCAAGAUUUACGACAUGGAGCAUACCUUCGUGAAUGCCACCAGGAGCCAGAAGCUGGUCACUCUCUGUAACACACUGCACCAGGAGCUGCUUAGCUACGUCGAUGUCAUCCAGUUGUCCCUGCGCAGCUUCCGCCAGUACUUGGAGGAGAACCUGGGCAAGCUUCGCUACACCAACGUUGAGUUUCUCAAGCACUGCAGAUUAUUUUCAGAGGGAGGCAACUUUUCUUUGGAAGAAAUUGACUCACUGUGUCAUCGAUUGGAGAAGGAAGCUACCCGGAUAGAGUUUGUUGAAAACUUAAUCAUGAUCAACAUGGAGAAGAUGGAGAGCGAGUACCUGGACCAGGCCAAUGAUGUCAUCAACAAGUUUGAAAGUAAAUUCCAUAACUUGUCUGUGGACCUUAUUUUCAUAGAGAAAAUCCAACGGGUGCUGACAAAUCUACAAGUGAACAUCAAGUGUGAGGUGGCAAAAUCCAAUUCGCAAACAGAUGAAUUAAAUUCUUCUCUGGAACAGCUUAAAAGCAAGGUAGAAAUGUGUCGAAACUCAAGGGGGGAUAGAAAGACAGUGACAGCAGAAGACCUCCUUGGCUUCGUCCGAACUUGGAAAGAAAAACUGAGCCAGAGGAUUCAGUACCUCAACUGCAGGCUGGACAGGGACAGCAUCUUGACUGAGCUGGGGGUGGAGAGUGACAUCCUGGUGUCUUCAGAAGCCCUUGAAGAGGAAGCCAAGGUGGAUAUGGUCACCCCUGAGUCCUUCGCCCAGCCCAGUCGCAUGGGGAAGCCCAUGAUUGAAGACCCGGCGGUAGGAGUGGUCAAGAAGAUCCUGCAACUUCAGGACUCAAAAUGCUCCGUGCCCCCAUGUUACAAAGGUCAAUGUCAGACAGGCUUGAAGCGACACCGGAACCGGGGAGAACACUCCAGGAAAGCCUUGUCCAGUAACAGUGCCAUCUCAGCAGGGAGUACCUCACGAUACACCAAGCCCAACCGAAUGGACAGAAAGUACCAGGUGCUUGGGGACAGGCCACCUCCUCAGGCUGAGGACUUUAAAGGGAUCAUCCUGACCCUCCUCUGGGAGAAAAAUGAGCAUCUGCUGAAUGUCGUGGAGGAGUUUUACCGCAAAGAGAAGCGUUCAAUCACCAGGCCCGACUGCAUGUACGACACCUUCGACCAGUGCGCGGAGAACAUCGGCAAGAAGAUUCUGGAGUACCAGAGCCAGACCAACAAGUACCACAACUCCUGCCUCAUAGAAUUACGAGCCCAGAUGAGGAGAUUUGAGGAGCUGCUGCCCCAGGUAUGUUGGCUGGUGAUGGAGAAUUUCAAGGAGAACCACUGGAAAAGAUUUUGCACCUCCAUCAGAGAGAUCCAGGAACAGUUCUGGGAUUAUCAGAAGCAACUGGAGAAAAGGAAGGAUGAAAAUGCCCAGAGUCUCCAUCCAAAUCUUGGACACCCUGCAUGUUUCCAAGAAAUGGAGUCUCUAUGUCGAAUGGAAGAGAAAAGACAGGAAGAUGUGGACACCAUGAUUAGGGAAACCAGGGAGAAGCUGGAGGAAUCUACUAGGAAGUGUGGCUGCCUUUUCAUCACCAGCUUGGCCACCUUCGCUGAGAAGUUCCUGCUGCAAUUAGAUGAGGUGGUCACCAUUGACGAUGUCCAGGUUGCAAGGAUAGAGCCCCCCAGACAGAAAACAUCAAUCCUCAUCCGGAGGAAACUCACCGGACUCUCCCUGGAGGAAGAGAGUGAGAAGCCCCUGAUUGAACGGGGGAGCAGGAAGUGGCCCGGAAUCAAACCCACCGCAGUCACCAUCCAAAACAAGAUUCUCCUCCGGAAAACUUCAUCGAUCACCACCACCAAAACCACCUUGGGCCACCUGGCAGCCGUGGAAGCCCGAGAUGCUGUCUACCUGAAAUAUUUAGCAUCAUUUGAAGAGGAGUUGAAGAAGAUCCAGGAUGACAACACAUUGCAGGUGAAGGCGGCUCAGCGCUGGAAGGACAGCUGGAAGCGCUCCAUACACACUAUCCAGGGCCUGUACUUGUGACACCUCAACGCACUCCAAAUAAAGGCUCAUUUUGUAUGGAUGCCUCCCUUAUCCAUCCGUCUGUCCUUCCA